AGCAGCCAAUAAAGGCCCACCGAGACUCAGAGGGAGAGAAUGCAAUCAACUUUUCUUUUCUCUUUCUCAGUUUUCCGCUGCUAUUCCACCACUACCACUUCAAAGACGGCAAUUUGAUGGUUCAGAAAAAGACUCUCAAAGGAGGCGUGAAUUACAAGGGGUUGGUGUGAAGAGGCUUUUAGUUAGGAAGAGAAUUUAAAAAAUUGGGAAUUGUAAUCGUGUAAAAAGCAAGGAAAUGGGAUCUGAAGGGCUAAAAGCUGUUGUGAUUCAUGUAACUGGGUUCAAGAAGUUUCAAGGUGUUCCUGAAAAUCCUACAGAGACUAUAGUUUGUAAUCUGAAGGAUUUUGUUGAAAAGAGAGGUUUGCCUGCUGGUGUUACUCUUGGGAGUUGCACUCUUCUUGAAACUGCUGGAGAUGGUGCACUUUCCACGCUUUACAAGACCUUGGAGUCGGGCAUCCCGAGCAGCAAUGCCAAUGAACAAGUUGUAUGGCUUCACUUUGGAGUGAAUAGUGGAGCAGUAAAAUUUGCCAUUGAGAAGCAAGCACUAAAUGAAGCUACUUUCCGCUGCCCGGAUGAGCUAGGAUGGCAACCUCAGCAUCUGCCAAUAGUCCCUGAGGAUGGAGGAACUUCUCAUACAAGAAAGACUAGUUGCUCCAUUGAGGCAAUCCUGAAGUUCUUGAAAAACAAAGACUACGAUGUAACAAUAUCCGACGAUGCCGGAAGAUUUGUGUGCAAUUAUGUGUAUUAUCACUCCCUCCGGUUUGCAGAACAGAAGGGUCAUAAAUCUCUUUUUGUCCAUGUUCCUCUGUUUUCAAGAGUUGAUGAAGCAACACAGAUGAAAUUUGCAGCUUCCCUUUUGGAGGCCAUUGCUGGCACCUGUUAAAUGUUACUUAUCAAAGUGUAUGGAUUUCAUGUUUUAUCUGUCAUCUGCUGUGAAAUGUAAAUAUAUUGUGACAAUACCAAUUUAAUUGUGAAAAAAAAAAAAGAAAAAAGAAAAAAAAAACUAUAUGAACUUGUGGAUUGUUGUUUGUUUUUGGCCUGGGAAUUGGAUUUGUUGUUGCUUUAAAAAUGUGGUCGAUGUAUCUAUCUUAUGAUGGUUAGCUUGUUGCAAUAUCUUCUUUCUUUAUAUUUCAUAUAUAUGUAUUUUUUUCGUA